AUGUCAUCUAAGCCCCUACCUACAGACCUGCCUAUUCACACCUUUCCAUCCGCAAAAGAGUGGGAGGCUUUCCUCGACCGUGAACACGCGACUGCGCCAGGCUGCUAUAUCAAGCUUGCAAAGAAGUCGGCAGGCGUGGGUUCCAUCUCGUCUGCGGAAGCAGUCGAAGUCGCCCUAUGCUUUGGUUGGAUCGACGGCCGAGCAAACGGUGUCGAUGAGAACUGGUGGUUGGUCCGAUACACCCCUCGACGGUCGAAGAGUAUUUGGUCCCAGAAGAAUGUGAAUACGGUGGCGAGAUUGGUGGAGGAAGGCAGAAUGCGCCCGGCCGGCGUUGCCGCAGUCGAUGCUGCCAAAGCCGAUGGUCGUUGGGCCCGUGCAUACGACGGACCAGCGACCAUAACCUUGUCGGACGAUCUUACCGUUGCCCUCGGUGCUGCGCCCACGGCGUCUGCGUUCUUUGAGGGCCUGAGCAAGUCAGAGCGGUACACUGUGCUCUGGCGUGUCCAAACUGCUUCGCCUCAAACCCGGGCAAAGCGGAUCGAAGCGAUUGUUGAGAUGCUGGCUGGUGGCAAUGUGCCCGGCAGAGCACCAAGGCCCCAGACGCUGCCUAAGAACAAGCAAGCCGUGAAGAAGACGACCGCGAAGAAAUCCAAAGUGAGGCAAACCCCAGCAUCGGUAGACAUGGUAAUCGCGCAGUCUCCGCCGCCAAUGACCGAACCGAGACAACCUCGACGUCCUGGACUACGGGCCCGAGGCUGA